AAGAAAAAGAAGGACUUAUCUUGCAAAACGCUUUCGAAAAUAAAAAAUAUACCAACCUAUUUUUAUUCAUAAGAGAAAUACGAGAACUAGAAUUAAUAAAGAAAGGACCACAACAAUAUUUAUUUGACAACAGAUUUAUAUCUGACGACAGUGAUAAUUAUUUAGCACAAGACGCAAGACGAAAAGCUAACUAUAUUAAAGCAAGACUAAAUAAAUACCAAAGAACUGGAGAAACAAUAAACCCA